UUUUGGCAACAAGGCAGCAUGGUGCAUCGUCCAGAAACACAUCUAAUUUCCAUAAAAUAAAUGUUUGAAUGUUCUUCCUAGUUUUCAUUGGGAAAGCAGAGAACGCGUUUUUAUCUAACCCAAUCCCCUUUGCAUGGGAAAACACAGAAUCCUAGCUUCAUUGCGUCACUUUUGUUUUGAACUGCAUCACAUCCGGCCGGAGUCCCAUAGGGCGGCGCACAAUUGGUCCAGCGUUGUCCGGGUUUGGCCGGGGUAGGCCGUCAUUGUAAAUAAGAAUUUGUUCUUAACUGACUUUCCUAGUUAAAUAAAUGUUAAAUAAAAAAUGAACCGACUUCGCCGUGGGCUUUGAACGGGACUUCUCGCUCACGCCCGGGAGGCAGUCCUGUACCAAAUCGAAUGCAAUCAACUUUUAGCCGUCACAAAACACGCCUGCCCGGGCGGGAUUAAUCGAACCCCCUCAUUUUGAUGCUGCUAAACCCCUCCCAUCGGAAUGGGCUGGGCAAGACACUGCAGUAACAACACUGAUUGCAUCUUUGUUCUGGCCUUUACUCAGAUGACAUGAUAGAUAUAUUUACACAUAUCGGUUUACAGAGACACUGAACGUCACCUCGAAAAGUGUCUAAAAAGAUUUAGAGUCAGUGCCUGCUGCCUCCCACACUGAAGGACUGAAGCAUGUACCCAUUCGGAGGAGUCUCAGCGCGCAUCCAGAGGGAGAGACUACAUGCCGAGGGAAUGGGAACCAACGAGCGGGCGCUGAAGUUCCUCAACCAGGACUACGAGGCCUUGAAGCAGGAGUGCCUGGAGAGCGGCUGCCUGUUCGAGGACCCCUGCUUCCCCACCGAGCCAUCCUCCCUGGGCUUCAAAGAGCUGGCCCCCCACUCAUCCAAAACCCAGGGCGUGGAGUGGAUGAGGCCCACAGAGUUUUCAGAUAACCCUGAGUUCAUUUUGGGCGGUGCCACAAGGACUGAUAUCUGUCAAGGAGCACUGGGUGACUGCUGGCUCCUGGCAGCCAUUGCUUCCCUCACCCUUAACGAGAAGCUGCUACACAGGGUGGUCCCUCAUGGUCAAACCUUCCAAGGCAACUACGCUGGCAUCUUCCACUUCCAGUUCUGGCAGUUUGGAGAGUGGGUGGAUGUUGUCAUUGAUGAUCGACUGCCUGUCAAAGAUGGCGAGCUGAUGUUUGUUCACUCUGCUGAGGGUAACGAGUUCUGGAGUGCCCUGAUUGAGAAGGCUUAUGCCAAACUGAGUGGCUCCUAUGAGGCCUUGUCUGGUGGCAGCACCACAGAGGGCUUUGAGGACUUCACCGGUGGCGUGGCAGAGUUUUACGAGCUACGUAAGGCACCUAAGGAUCUGUACCGGAUCAUCGGUAAAGCCCUGGAGAGAGGCUCCCUUCUGGGCUGCUCCAUUGACAUCACCAGUGCCUUCGACAUGGAGGCAGUGACCUUUAAGAAGCUGGUUAAAGGCCAUGCCUACUCUGUCACAGGUCUGAAGCAGGUGGAUUUCCGGGGUCGCAUGGAGAGGUUGAUCCGUAUUCGUAACCCCUGGGGUCAGGUGGAGUGGACUGGGGCUUGGAGUGAUAAUUCGUCUGAGUGGGAUGCGAUUGAUCCAACAGAGAGGGAGGACAUGAAUUGUCACAUGGAGGAUGGGGAGUUCUGGAUGCCCUUCCAGGAGUUCCUGCGCCAGUUUUCCCGGCUGGAGAUCUGUAACUUGACAGCAGACGCUCUGAGUGAUGACAGCCAGAGUUUCUGGAACACCAUUAAGUUUGACGGAGGCUGGAGGAAGGGCAGCACGGCUGGAGGCUGCCGGAACCAUCCAAACACCUUUUGGAUCAACCCCCAGUAUAAGAUUACCCUGCUGGAGGAGGACGAUGACCCUGAGGAUGAAGAGGAGGCCUGCAGCUUCUUGGUGGCUCUCAUGCAGAAGGAUAGGCGCCGCUACCGACGCCAGGGCCAGGACAUGCACACCAUUGGCUUUGCCAUCUAUGAGAUUCCAGAAGAGUUUAAGGGUUGUCAAAGUGUUCACUUGAAGAAAGACUUCUUCUUGAAGCACUCAUCAUGUGCACGUUCUGAGACCUUUAUCAACCUGAGGGAGGUGAGCGCACGGCUGCGCCUGCCACCCGGGGAGUACCUGGUGGUACCCUCCACCUUCGAACCUGGGAAAGAGGCUGAUUUUGUCCUCAGAGUCUUCACUGAGAAGCAGUCGGAGACACAAGAACUGGAUGAUGAUGUGGUGGCAAACUUUGAAGAUGAGGAGGACAUCUCAGAGAGUGACAUUGAGGACUCAUUCAGGGCCAUGUUCGCUCAGUUAUCUGGGGAGGACAUGGAGAUCUCUGUCCGUGAGCUCAGGACCAUUCUCAAUAGGGUGGUGACCAAACACAGGGACCUGAAGACUGAUGGGUUCAGCAUGGAGUCCUGUAGAGGCAUGGUCAGCCUAUUAGACAAAGAUUGCAGCGCUCGCCUUGGUAUAGUUGAGUUUCAGAUUCUGUGGAAUAAGAUCAGGAAGUGGCUGGGAAUCUUCCGCCAGUUUGAUCUGGACAAGUCUGGAUGUAUGAGCUCCUAUGAGAUGCGUCUGGCCUUGGAGUCUGCUGGAUUCAAACUGAACAACAGGCUGAACCAGGUGCUUGUGGCCAGAUAUGCUGAAAACGAGGUCAUCGACUUUGAUAACUUUGUCUGCUGUCUGGUCAAGCUAGAAGCCAUGUUCAAGGCCUUCCAGGAGUUGGAUAGAGAAGGCACUGGAACUGCUGAAAUGAAUAUCACAGAGUGGCUGUAUAUGACCAUGUGUGGUUGAAGUGUAUGGUGAUCUUGUAUGCUGUAGAAGAGGACACAUACACUCCCAUAGUAGAGGACAACCAUAGCCUCAAAGUGCCUCCAAAGCAUCUCAGUGCACCCAACUAAGGCUUGCAUCAUCUCAAACAACCCCAAAGAAACUACUACUUCCUGCUGUUGAAUCACCACUACAAAUACCUUGUUGCCUCUGCUCAAUAACUUGGCAAUUGCAUUUAACCUGGUCAAUUACACGUGAUGAAAAUGAAAUGCUCUACUUAGGGAGUCGCUGCAUAUAAAUCACUGCACGCAUUAUACAAUGGCAAGGCUUUCAGGGCAUACCGUUGUGCAAAGAAUGCCUGUAUUUUUUUAAGUUCCAUUCCAAACCUCUUAGGUUUUCCUCUUUUGUUUAACCAUCAAAUUCAGAUGCUAGUCUGUAAUAAGAGAUGAUAUCAUACUCUGUGACAUUAUGUAUUUUUUGGCUACCAUUCGCAGGAUCUUGGAUUAUAAAAAGUAUGUAGAGCUAUAGGCUGCUAAUGAACUGUAAAUUGUACUGAUGCCUUAGUCUUUAGGAUACCUCAGUACAGUAAACUACAUCAGUUAAAGACAGAAAUAUAACUAAUCUUUUUCUCAAGAUGGCAAUUUUAGUCUAGAAAUUGGUGAGGGUACUUUCAACUAAAACACUAAAUGUAGGAAAGGGACUCCUCAAAAUGUGACAAGGUAAAAAGUAACUUUGAUGCAUAUGCUGAACUGCACAUUUUAAUUCUGCGAAGAAUGUCACUGAAUAAAAACUGACUGAUCAUGUAA